GUGCUAGAUUUAAGAUCAUUAUUGCGAGAGCAAAAAGUAAACAAACCAAAGAUUCUCCUCAUCAUCAAAUAAAAUUACUGUACCACAAACCAACCUAGGUUAUACUCGACGCAGACAGAGUACAGUCAGUUGUUUUAUUAGUUGAAAUACCGUAACAUUACAAUGUCAUUCGGAGGUGGAUCAGAAGGCAUUCCGUGUGUUGAAAUUACGGUGGUAAAAAAUCCUGGACUUGGUUUUAGUAUAGCUGGUGGAAUCGACCAAGAUGCAUCGAAGAAUCCAUUCAGUACAAAUGACAAGGGAAUAUUUGUGACAAAAGUAGUUAAUGGGGGUCCAGCAGAGCUCGGAGGAUUGCAAGUCGGGGACAAAAUUCUAGAGGUUAAUGGAUAUGAUGUUACUAUGGCUACCCACAAACAUGCAGUUAAACUUCUUAGUAAAGAGAAGGAACGACAAGUGAUGUUGAAAGUUACCCGCCCGUCAAUCUACAGGGGUCGCUGAUGUGAAGGGGGUCAUGCAAAAAAUUAGCUGGGAGAGGGAGGGAAGUUGAUAGUGUCAUACAAUUUAUUGUAACAUUAAUACCAGUUCAACACCAACCAGCUUUCAUCCAAGUUCAACAUCAGCCAACACUAGGCCCCAUAAUAUUGCUUGGACUUGUUGUGAUGAGGCUGAUGCAUUUGCUGAAUAGGUGCUAUUUUUAUGCUAAACUAUGGAGUAAUUAUCAUGGCAAAAUUGUUUGGUUGACUGUUUAUACAAUUAUGCAAUUACUAAAACUAAAGUGAA